GGCGGGAUCUAAUGAUCAUGUUCAGGAAACUUGAGUUUGUUUCGUGUUAACUCGCAUGUGCUUUCACUUCAGAGCAGAAGUAAAAACCGCUGCAUUUUAUUAUCAUCUAAUCAUUAAGCUGUUCUCUCUGCCAAGAUGUUCAAAGCCAUGGAGGCACCAGUGUGUUUGAUUAGCAGUGAUGCUAAAGGACAUCUGUGCGUUAUGAAGGAAGCUAAAGAGAUACUGGAUGGGAUCACUCAGCCAGUUGUUGUAGUGUCUGUAGUGGGGCUCUACCGUACGGGGAAGUCUUACCUCAUGAACCGCCUAGCAGGAGAACAAACAGGCUUUGCUCUGGGCAGCACCAUAGAGUCAAAAACUAAAGGCAUCUGGAUGUGGUGCGUUCCACACCCCAUCAAAGAUGGACACACUCUGGUGCUGCUGGACACUGAGGGACUUGGGGAUGUGCACAAGGGCGAUGAGAAGCAUGACACGUGGAUCUUCUGCCUGGCUCUCCUACUCAGCAGCACUCUGGUCUACAACAGCCUUGGGGUCAUAGACAACAAUGCACUGGAGAAGCUGCACUAUGUGACAGAACUCACUGAGCAUAUCCGAGUGAAAGCACAGGCAGGUGGUGACCAUGAUGACUCAGCAGAGUUCAUGCGAGUUUUCCCUUCUUUCAUCUGGUCUGUGCGAGACUUCACGCUGAAGUUGGAGAGGGACGGCAAAGCCAUCACAGCUGAUGAAUAUCUGGAAAGUGCUUUGGAGCUUAAACUGGGUAAUUCCCCUAAAAUUGAGAAGUUCAACAUGCCCAGGCGCUGUUUGCGUCAAUUUUUCGCAGAACGGCGGUGUUUUGUAUUUCCAAGGCCAGCUGGAGAUGAUGACCUGUCAAGAAUGGAGGAGCUGUCUGAGAGAGAUCUUAAUCCACAGUUUUUGCAGCGUGCUGAUGAGUUCUGCAACUAUGUGUUUAGCAAUGCCAAACCAAAAACCUUAACAGGGGGGCGGACUCUCAUUGGCAGUGCUCUGGCAAGUCUGGCGGAGGUGUAUGUGGGGGCAAUUCGUAAUGGCGAGGUUCCUUGUCUGGAGAAUGCGGUGAUGACUUUGGCUCAGAUACAGAAUGAGCGGGCAGUGGAACAGGCCUUGCAGGUCUACCAGAGUAAAGUUUUUGAGUUAUUGUGCUUUCCACUUAACCCAUCUGAGCUAUCUGACAUCCAUAGAAAAGCAGAGACGGCAGCGAUCAAUGCCUUCAUCAGCACUUCCUUCAAUGACACUGAGCAAAAAUCACAGCUGAAGCUCAUGGAAGAGAUCCAGACAUUGUUUCAGGAUCUGUGUGUUCAGAAUCAAGAGGAGUGUUUGAACGUUUGUAAGCGGGAGCUGACCCAGAUAUUUUCUCCUCUGGACGAGGCUAUUUCUGACGGCUCAUUUAUGUGCCCUGGAGGAUACGGAAAGUACCGUGAUAAACUCCAGAGCUUCACAAAUGAAUACAAAGCACGCACACACAAACAGAUGAUGAGUGAGGAAGUGUUGAGUGAGUAUCUGAAGGAGAAGGACCUGUUUGGACAGACCGUUCUUUUAGCUGAUCAGUGCCUCACUGAAGCAGAACAAAAUAAGGAAGUGGAGCGUUUGCAUAAGGAGCUUCUAGAGCAGAAGAAUAAAUCUUUAGAGGAGAUGAAGCAUCUUCAGGAGCAGGCGUUCCAGGACCAAAAGAGGACCUAUGAGCAGCACAUGACCCAGCUGUUAGAACGCAUGGAGCAAGAGAGGGAGAGAGCAAGGGAGGAUAAUGAACGAGUGCUGGAGGCUAAGCUUAAAGAACAAAAGGCUCUGUUGGACGAAGGUUUUAAAGACCAAGCAGAUCAGAUGAGUAGAGAGAUUCACAAUCUGAAAGGAGAGAUGAAGACAGAGGACGAGUCAAAGCGCUCUACACUCAGUAAGGUAGUGGAUGGUGUAGGAAUGGCAGCAAGUCUGUUCCUGCCUGGCAUCAUCCCUAAAGCUGCCGGUUUUGCUGCAUCAUACCUCUCUCGAUAUUUUUGAUUUAUUUUGAUAUAAAAUCCUUAAAAUUUGGAGUUGUAGCAAACAUUUCUUAUUAUUUGCUUUAAAUGUUUAAACUUUACAAUAAAAAAAUCUAGAAACCCAUUGCACGUUGGAACAUCAAACUCAAAAGUGGUAUUACCCUCUUACAAUGAAAUAUAGAAAGGACGUAGUUGUAAAUGAGGAUUUGGGCUGAGGCACCAUGACUAAGGUAAUAGGAAAAUUUGAUUACAGAGAUAUAUGAUGCAUAAUGCUUUUUGCUUUUUAAUUAUUCUUUUAAAUUCUUUACUUUUCUUUACGUUUUACAGCUAUUCCAAGUUAUGUAGUUGCUUCUAACAGUAUUUUGAUGAAAACUAUGUUGAUGAAGACUGACAAUAAUAAUAAUAAUAAGAAGAAGAAGAAGAAGUAACUUGCAUUUUAUUAGACUGCAAUCUGCAAUAUUUUGUGUGAUAAUGUUAAUAUUUAGGUUGAAUUAGCGAUUGUAUACGUUAUUUUUUUCCCCUAAUAUCUUGUUAAUUCUAUACAUUUGCUAUUCAGAACCUAAAUCCUGUGCCGCUUCUCUAUUAUCACUAUAUCACUAUAUUAUUAUAUAGUUUCGAAAAUGAAUUUUUAGUGUUUAUCAAAUUAAAGGCUCCAUUAUAGCCAUCAUUUGAUAGUUUAUUGAUAUUUAACCUUAACAUAAUGCUUCAAAUGUCCUUUUAUGGUACAUUAAGUAAAUACUUAACCCCCUUUACUGGUGUUACCAUGUUUUCAUAUAUUACAGUAAGUUACAUUAUACUAUCAGUACAUUACAUAAUAUAGUAUAUUAUCAACAAUGUUAUAGGUGGGGGAAAUCAUAACCCCAAAAUACUUUUUUCAUUGUUUGUGAUUGUUGUCAUGUUGUGCUUGUUUAAAAAUAAACUUCAGCUAUAUGUAUAA